AUGGAUUAUCCACAGCAUUCGGCAACUAACCCAACUGGAAGUGAAUUAGUAUUCGACCCACGAACAGGGAAAUUAAGAGUAUGUAGGCCUACUGCUUUUCCGAACCCUGAUCACGUUAUACGUACAGAAAUAGCUGCAAGUGCUUUUUAUGCUGGUUGCUUUAUCGUAUCGCCUGCGAAUGACAGCAUCAUCAUAGGCGAAACUAGUGAAGGACGUAUCGAGGUCGAAACGAUGCAUAUUUCGUGCAAAUCUGACACGUGCCAACCUGGCCACGACUAUGGUGGAAUCAUUAUUUACCAAUACAACGGCAAGUCAGAAUGGAGAACCGCCAACAACACUCACUGUAAGUCUGGAUAUAUCGUCAUUCAAGACACAGAUUCAGAAAAUGUUAAGAAAUGGAUGAAAGAGCCUGGUCAAGUUCACGGAGCUGUCUAUAGAAAUGCCUUUGGUGAAUCUGUGACGAAAGCGAAUGUCGUUGGCGAAGGUUUCGCAGUACGAAAUGGAGAGUCGAAAGUUGAGAAAUUUGAAAUUAAUUCACGCGUCUUCAACAAUCCAAAGGACAGUAUACAUCAUGACCAUCGCAGAAGAAUGCAUGAAUUGUCGGAGCAUUGCGUUGGAAAGAUUGUGGAGUAUUGGAAGACUGCUGGUCCUUCCUGGGUCAGACAACGAAAUUUUGAAGUAAAGCAGUUGCUCGAAGAUUUUGAUCUAAAAUCGAUUCAAAACGAUUGCACUUGGUCUUGGGACAAUAUAAGGAACCGAUUACCACAAAAUUAA